CUGCGUUUGGAAGAGAAGCUGCUACCAGGGAAGAAAUGACCAAACCCGCUCUUUUUCCUGUGUUUAGAGGUCUCCCAGCUCUCCCAGCCCUCAUCCUGUUGCUUCUUUCCACUGGCUGCUCUUUCCCGUGGUGCUCUCGGACUGCCACCCGCCCCUUGUCCCCCGAGUGUCAGGGAGUGUGUUUAUAAGCAGUAUAUGGCAGAAUUGUAAGCCAAUCUGAGAGCCUCUUUUAGUAGUAUUAUUUCUGAUGACGACAUACCUCCGAAUGUUCCACUGGCAAAAUUGAAGGUCAUCACUCAGAAGAAAGAAAUCAAGAAGAAGAUCCUGCGGUGGGUGUGCUUCUGAGCCGCCGUGGAUGGCCCUGGUUCUCCUGACCACCCUUCCGGGUAGGAUGUCCCUGCGAUCCCUUAAAUGGAGCCUCCUACUGCUGUCGCUGCUGAGCUUCCUGGUAAUGUGGUACCUCAGCCUCCCCCACUACAACGUGAUCGAGCGCGUGAACUGGAUGUACUUCUAUGAGUAUGAGCCGGUUUACAGGCAGGACUUCCGCUUCACGCUUCGAGAACAUUCAAACUGCUCUCACCAGAACCCAUUUCUCGUCAUCCUGGUGACCUCCCACCCCUCCGACGUGAAAGCCAGGCAGGCCAUUAGAGUUACGUGGGGUGAAAAAAAGUCUUGGUGGGGGUAUGAGGUCCUUACCUUUUUCCUACUAGGCCAACAGGCUGUGAGGGAAGACAAAAUGUUAGCACUAUCCUUAGAGGAUGAACACCUGCUAUACGGUGACAUCAUCCGACAAAAUUUCCUAGACACAUACAACAACCUGACCCUGAAAACCAUUAUGGCAUUCCGGUGGGUGACAGAGUUUUGCCCCAAUGCCAAGUACAUCAUGAAGACAGACACGGAUGUUUUCAUCAACACUGGCAAUUUAGUGAAGUAUCUUUUAAACUUAAACCACUCGGAGAAGUUUUUCACAGGCUAUCCUCUCAUCGAUAACUAUUCCUAUAGAGGAUUUUACCAGAAAACCCAUAUUUCCUACAAGGAGUACCCUUUCAAGGUAUUCCCCCCCUACUGCAGUGGGCUGGGGUACGUGAUGUCCAGGGAUCUGGUGCCAAGGAUCUAUGAGAUGAUGAGUCACGUGAAGCCCAUCAAGUUUGAAGAUGUCUAUGUCGGAAUCUGCUUGAAUUUAUUGAAAGUGGACAUCCACAUUCCAGAAGACACAAACCUUUUCUUCUUGUAUAGGAUCCACCUGGAUGUUUGUCAGCUCAGGCGUGUGAUUGCCGCCCAUGGCUUUUCUUCCAAGGAGAUCAUCACUUUCUGGCAGGUCAUGCUGAGGAACACCACGUGCCAUUAUUGACCCCACGUUCUCCCAGCAGCCUGGGGAAGGACAAGACAUGCAGUGGACGGUGCUGAGGUUUGUCCCGUGGAGAAUCCAGGUACACAGACCUGAAACUCAUGAAGACCCCACAGGCCAGAGGCGAGAGGGGGUACACCUGGGAUUUAUUUUGAUGAAUACUGAAGUCAGACCUUUCAGCAGUGACAUUCAGAAGAAUUAAAUAUCUUGUAAAUGAAUUGGAGAGAACGGCUAAUGAAAUUUAUAGGACCAAACAAUUUGAACAUGUCAUUCUAUAGAAGUUUUUCUUUUUUUUUUUUUCUUUUUGAGUCGGAGUCUCACUCUGUUGCC